AUGGCCGGCGACCCCCCUCCUACCCCGCCGGUGACGAGCGUCCUGCCGGCGGGCGACCGCCCGGAGCAUCUCGAGGAGAUGUCGGAGGACGAGGCUGCGCUUGCGGCUCUGGGCUACAAGCAGGAGUUCAAACGCGAGUUCUCGGCCUGGACUACAUUUGCCGUCAGUUUCGCGGUCAUGGGUUUACUCCCGAGUAUCGCCACGACCAUGUUCUACGGCAUUGGCUACGCGGGACCGGCGGCCAAUACUUGGGGAUGGCUGUUGAGCGUUGUAUUCAUCGUCUGUGUGGCAGCUUCGAUGGCGGAGCUCGCAAGCAGCAUGCCCACUUCCGGCGGCUUGUAUUACGCGAGCGCAGUCAUGGCUGGACCGAAGUACGGACCUUUCGCCGCGUGGAUUACUGGCUGGUCUAAUUGGUUUGUCCAAGUGACGGGUGCGCCAAGUGUUGAUUAUGGCUGCGCUGCCAUGAUCCUUGCCGCAGCAUCGAUCAUGAAUCCUGAUUACGUGCCCAACGAGUGGCAGACAUUCCUGCUGACUUUCUUCAUCAUGGUCAUCCAUGCUUGUAUUGGCAGUAUGCCAACCCUGUGGAUCGCAAGGUUCAACUCUGUAGGGACUAUUAUCAACAUCACGUGCCUGGCUGUCGUUAUCAUCAUCAUACCGGCAGCUGCCAUCACGAGUCCCAAGUUCCAGCCGAACGAGUUUGCGUGGGGUAUUCAGAACUUCACUGACUGGCCCGAUGGCAUUGCCGUGCUCAUGAGCUUCUUGGCAAUCAUUUGGACAAUGUCCGGCUACGAUGCGUCAUUCCAUCUGAGUGAGGAGUGCUCGAACUCUGCCAUUGCAACCCCUCGAUCCAUUAUCUACACAGCUGUGAGCGGCAGCGUAACGGGCUUUAUCCUAAACGUCAUUAUCGCGUAUACUAUCACGGAUAUCGCUGCGGUUAUUGAGAGUGAUCUGGGUCAACCAUGGGCAGCAUAUCUCAUUCAGAUCCUCCCGCAGCCAGUCGCCCUGGCCGUUCUGGCAAUGACCAUAGUUUGCUCGUUUUCCAUGGGUCAAGGCUGCAUGGUUGCGGCCAGCCGUGUGUGCUUUGCCUACGCGCGGGAUGACUGCUUCGGUGUGCUAAGCAACCCGCUGAAGCGGGUCAACAGACACACCCGCACCCCUGUCAAUGCAGUAUGGUUCAACGCCUUGAUUGGUAUUCUGCUGAAUCUCCUCAUCUUUGGAGGUGUGGCCAUCGGGGCUAUCUUCUCCAUUGGCGCUAUAGCGUCAUAUGUGGCGUUCACGACCCCUAUUCUCGUCAAGCUUAUCUUCGUUGGCAAAAAGUUCCGGCCAGGUCCGUGGAAUCUCGGCAAGUUCAGUAUGCCCUGUGGUGUUAUCUCGGUGGGCUACGUGCUACUUAUGCUGCCGAUCCUGUGUUUCCCGACGGUCAGUGGCGAUGACCUGACCCCCGAUCUGAUGAACUGGACAUCCCUGGUCUACGGGGCACCUAUGCUAUUCGUCAUCGUGUGGUUCUUCGUCGAUGCCCACAAGUGGUUCAAGGGGCCGAAGAUCAAUAUCGAGCACAUACUACAGCACGAUCUAAGCACUCAACCAGGACUUGAUGGAAUUGAGCCUAAGGAGUCCCCGUCAGAAGUCGGCGACAUUGACGUCGAGAAGGGAUCCAAGGAGAAAACACAUGUGGCCGCAGAGUAG